CAAAAAUUUAAUUUUUUUUAGUAAAAUCCCUGUGUGUACUUUUUUUAUGCAAUUGCAUAUUAUAAUAAUUUAUGCGUAAAGAUAAUUUGUCCAGUUUAUAAUUAGUCGCAAAUUGCAAUGUCGUCUCUUAUUCAAAUAGUUUUAAAUAUUAUAUUCUUUAUACUAUAAUUUUUCUAGUCAACUUUACUUUCCGGUUUUAGUUUAAUCUCUCGAUUUUCUGUUUUGUUAUAUCGCUUUAGAAAAAACCACGACAAUGUGCUCAAUAAAUAGAGUGCAUAUUUAUUUCAUUAUCAUUAUCUGCUUAUGUAAAAUGUGCUAUACUAUUAGAGAAUAUAAGAAAGAAGAUAUAAUUAAGUUAAGGGAAGAAGUUCGUGAGAUGUUCCAGCAUGCAUAUGAUAGUUAUUUAAAUUAUGCUUACCCGUAUGAUGAACUGCGACCCUUAAGCUGUGACGGUGUAGAUACAUGGGGCAGCUACUCUCUCACACUGAUAGAUGCUCUAGACAUGCUUGUUAUAAUGGGGAAUUACACUGAGUUCAACAGAGUAGUUGAUAUUGUUCUUCAGAAACAAAACUUUGAUACAGAUAUCAAUGUGUCUGUAUUUGAAACCAAUAUAAGAAUAAUAGGUGGCUUAUUGAGUGCACAUCUAUUGUCACAUAAAUCAGGUAUGAAGUUAGAACCAGGCUGGCCCUGCAAUGGUCCUCUCUUAAGGCUGGCCGAGGAUGUGGCUCAGCGUCUUAUAGCUGCAUUUGAUACAACAACAGGCAUGCCUUAUGGAACAAUUAAUUUGAGAUCAGGCGUACCUCCUGGUGAAACUAGCAUUACAUGUACUGCUGGUGUUGGUACAUUUAUUAUAGAAUUUGGUACUCUAAGUAGAUUAACUGGGGAUCCACUGUAUGAGGAGGUGGCAUAUAAUGCACUAAAAGCCCUAUACCACCAUAGAUCACCAAUUGGUCUUGUGGGCAAUCACAUAGAUGUGAUGUCGGGCCGUUGGACUGCACAAGAUGCUGGGAUAGGGGGAGGAGUGGACUCAUAUUUUGAAUAUCUAGUUAAAGGAGCAAUAUUACUAGAGAGGCCCGAGUUAAUGUCGAUGUUUAAUGAAGCUCGCGAGGUUAUCGAUAAAUACUUGAAGAAGGAUGACUGGUACGUGUGGGCCACUAUGCUGAGAGGACAUGUGACUUUGCCAGUCUUCCAGUCUCUCGAGUCCUAUUGGCCAGGAUUGCUCAGUCUUAUUGGUGAAAGUGAUACAGCCAUGCGCAUCAUCCACAAUUACCAUGGUGUAUGGAAGCAAUAUGGUUUCACUCCUGAAGUAUAUAACCUUGGCACAGGAGAAGCAUCAACUUCUCGAGAAAGUUAUCCUCUCAGACCAGAGCUUAUAGAAUCCAUCAUGUAUUUGUAUAGAGAAACUAGAGAUCCAAUUCUUUUGCAAAUGGGCGAAGAUAUUCUGAGAAGCAUACAGCAUAGUGCAAGGACACCCUGUGGUUAUGCGACGAUAAAAGACGUCCGCGACCAUCGCAAAGAAGACCGAAUGGAAUCGUUCUUCCUCGCAGAAACAACCAAAUAUUUGUACUUGCUGUUUGACCCAGAUAACUUUAUCCACAAUCCUGGUGUACAUGGCACAGUUAUAAACACUCCCAACGGGGAGUGUGUGGUCGAUGUUGGAGGAUAUAUAUUUAAUACUGAAGCUCAUCCCAUUGAUCCAACUAUGCUGUAUUGUUGCCAUGAAGCAAGACAAGGAAUAAAUAUAAGCGAAGUUCAUAGGAUAUAUCAAAUUCUAGAAGAGGAAGAUAAUAUACAGUUUAUGACAAUGAUAGACGCUUCCACAAAUAGCAGUAGUUAUACAGAAAUGAAAAAUAAAGACCCACAUGUAAUAAACAAAGAUAACAUGCAUGAAUCAGAGGAAAUAAAGCAGAAUGUACCUAGUAUAAGUAAGGAUCAAGAUCAGGUGUCCAUUAAAACAGAAACAAGAACGGGUUACGUUAAUAUAGACGGAACGGAAAGAGAGAAGAUAAAGAACGAGUCAUCGUUCAGCGAUGUUUUAAAAGAACGAAUUAAUAACUUUUACAAUAACAGGAGUAAUCUGGAAGGGGAGAGGGAACAAUCGGACACAAGUCAAUCGGAAAACAAUGACACUACAGAUAAAGUGGAGGUUGAUGAUAUAAUUACACCGGAACCAGCUGAGCCGGAUGAGAAAUUGGAACUGCCGAGUACUGCAAGAGCAAAGGAAGCCAUGAAGAUGCUACCAAAAGUUAUACAGGAUUUCCUAAACAGUGAAUGGAAGACGAAACCCAAAUGCGAGCCGCAACAUAUGCUCGAACGGAUAAGGAGGGAAAAGAGAUACCCGGACCAUCCGGAUGGUGAUAAAUAUAAGCUAUUGUUAACUCCUGCGCCGUCUUUCUUGCAACGGAUAUCUCUAGCCGGCGAAUUUUUAAACAAAAAACAAUUGGAAGUGUAGGUGUAGGUGAAUUUACCAUAUAGAUGCAAAUUUUAUUUUAUCAUUGGAUAAGGGGCGUUUGACAAACAUUAUUUAUGCUAUCAGGUUAAGUCAAUUUAAACUUUGUGUAAGUACAUACGUUGAAUUUUUAUUAUAAUUGCAUUAUGUUUUUGCCUGUUGAGUAAGAGUACAAGAUUUUAUUUAAAUAUUUAUAUACCUUGCAUUUGAUUCCAUUCGU